AACGCUUUCCACGGCUGAAACAGAGCAGAGGGAGCAGCCCAGACAAAGCAGCGAGAAACUUUCACGCUGCUAAUCGCCAGUCCUGUCCCACCAAGCAUGGAUUUACAGAAGACAGCGGCGGUGCAGUAGAUUCAACACCUUUCUGAGGGGAUGAAAGCGACAUUGGAGUGAAUUUAAAGUCCUGCUGCUGCUGAAAGGACGAGCUUGUUUGCCUCCGCGGGUCGAUGAUGAAGCUUUACAAUGCAACAGGAGUCGUAUCUGACCGCUGGUGACCCCUCCGCCAGCUGUUAUAGUGUGGAUUUCUACCUCAACACCGAGGACGCAGAGUAAAAGCAGACAACAUGGUACCCAACAAGUGGAUUAUGCAUCCAGUUCUUCACAAAUCACCUCCCAGAAGCUGGCUUGGCAUCCGGCUACGUCUCAAUGAGAAGCCCGCUCAGGAUGAGGAGUGUGUGGUUUGCCAGCAUCCAGACUGCAGCCAGCGCCGUCACGCCUCAAAGGUGUGUCAUCAUCCCGACUGUCAGGAACUGAACGGUAAAAGCCCGCUGCACCUGUGUGAGUCAUGUGAUUCUCGCUGUCACCUGGAUGAGUCUGACAGCAUGCACUUUGACAGGCAUCUCCGCUUCGACAUACAACCACAAGGUUCUAUCCUGGCGCGGAAUGUGUCCACGCGUUCCUGUCCCCCUCGCACAAGCCCCCCUUCAGACCUGGAUGAAGACGAAGAAGGAAGUACUGAACGAGGAGAGCAUAAGACAGGAGGAAUGAAGCUGAAAGGCAGAGAAGGAAAAAAGCCCCGGCGGCGCCACACUGAUGACCCCAGGAAGGAGUGCUUCAGCCUCAAGUUUGACCUCAACAUAGACAUUGACACAGAGAUCGUCCCCGCUGUCAAAAAGAAGACAUUACGAGAGGUGCUCGGACCCAUUUUUGAGCGCAAGGGCAUUGAAUUAUCCCGAGUGGAUCUGUUCCUGGACCAGUCCAACACUCCACUCUCACUCCACUUUGAGGCGUAUCGUUUCGGAGGACAUUACCUCAAAGUGAAAGCAUUAAAGGUUCAAAACAUACACCAUAUCUCCGUAUUACACAACACGGCAGUCAUUGUGUCCACAGAACCAGACCGUUUCCCGGGAAAUGAGAGUAGGACGUGCACUUCAGUGCUUGAGCGAGGUCAGAAAGGGCAUCCAGGCUGGAUCAUGGUACGUUUUGGACGUCUGUCUUCAUGGCACAGUUGGGAUCUGCUUCGCAUGGAUCCUGAAAGUCUGUCUGGUGAAGCGUCUCUCAAGAGUCCAUCGCCAACAAAGUGUCAGGGUCAGGCCCGUCGGCGGAAGAACAUGACAGAGUUUCUGGGCGAUGCCAACAUCCCAUCACCAGACACUCUGGCCAUACUGGGUGGGCCUUUACCAGGCGGGGCUCCAGGAGGUUCACUGCCCGGUGUGGCCGCCGGACCUGAUAACUGGAAGAACCGUGCCACCAAUCGGAUCAGUGUGUUCUUCGGCGCCGGAUCUGGGAAGGAGGUGGAGCGCGUGGAGCUGCUUCAUACUAAGUUGCAGGCGUACACACAGUUCGGUCUGCCCAAGGUUCCUUUUCAGCUCGCCUUCCACCAGGAUUCCUGGGAGGAGGAAGAGGAGGAGCCAAACCUGACACUCGAGGAGAGCUGGAGGCAACUGCUGGAAGACCCCGAGAGUCUAAGUAGACGUCAGUUUCAACAGCAAGAGGCAAUAUGGGAACUGAUCCAAACCGAGGCUUCAUACAUCAAGAAACUCAGGGUCAUCACUGAUCUGUUCCUGUGCGGCCUGCUGAAUCUACAGGACAACAGUCUCCUGGUUGAGGUGGAGCCCCCGCGGCUCUUCAGCAACAUCCAUGACAUUGUACGUCUGCACUCCACACUGUGGGUUCAAGUCAUGCUUCCGGUGCUGGAGAAAGCGCGAAGCACACAGAGCUUGAUCGACCCCGCGGACCUGCAGCAGGGGUUCAAUACAUUUGCAUCCAGGUUCCAGCCGUAUAACCGGUACUGUAUGGAGGAGGAAAGCUGUAUGGAAUACAUGCGCUCGCUGCUGAGAGACAAUGAACUCUUCAAGAUCUACGUCACGUGGGCAGAAACAAAUAAAGAGUGUAACCGUCUGAAGCUAGCGGACAUGCUAGCCAAACCGCACCAGAGACUCACCAAGUACCCUCUGCUCCUGAAGACCAUCCUGAAGAAAACUGACGACCAAACCUCCAGAGAUGCUCUCAACAACAUGGUGGCGUGUGUGGAGAGCUUCAUUAACAGUGUGGACUCUCAGAUGCGCCAGAAACAGGAGCAGCAGAAUCUGGCCACCAUUUCGGCUCGAGUGGAGUCAUACGAAGCCGUGGAGGGAGCCAGUGAGGAGGUGGAGAGGGCUCUAAAGGAGUUCAACCGAAUUGACCUGACCGCACCGAUGAUUGACACUUCACCAGAAGCGAUCAGGCAACUGCACCUGGAGGGGGCGCUCCGCAUGAAAGAGGGCAAAGACAGCAGGAUGGAUGUUUACUGCUUCCUUUUCACUGAUCUGCUGCUGAUCACUAAACCAGUGAAGCGUUUGGAGAAGGUGAAAGUGAUCCGACAGCCUCUCCUCCUGCAUAAUGUGGUGUGCAGAGAACUUAAAGACACAGGCUCAUUUGUCCUCAUCUACCUCAAUGAGUUCAAGAGCGCUGUGGCUGCCUACUCUUUCCAGGCCAACAGCGCCACCCAGGGGAAAAGUUGGACUGAUGCGAUUUGCAAAGUCCAGAAUCAGCUGCAGCGGUUGCGGUCAGAGGAAGCUCGCCGACAGAAGGCUUGUCUGAAGAAAAGACUAGUGGAAGAUCAGGAGGAAGAUGAGGACAGCUGUAACUCCACAGCUAGUUCACCUCAAUUUAGACACAAAGAUCAGAGCAAUAGCCAAUCAGAUGGCUCCACAGAAACCCUGUCGGUGAUGGAUAUGGAUGAGUCUGGAUCAUCUUUGGAUCCUUCUACUCUUCAGUCUGACCUAGGUGGGCAUUCAGACCAUGAUGCCGGUCUGUCUCAACUCCCUGACUCUGCCGUCCCACAGGGGGCCACGGACUUUGAGCCCCAUCCAGACAGUCAGGAGGGCUCAGACCUGGACCCACAAUGCUGUUCCAUGUCCAUGGAUAGCGCUUACGGGACCCUUUCACCAGAGUCCAUGGUGGAAACCCAGAGUCGAGUGGCCCCGGUAGAGGAAAACGACUCCGAGGACGACAAGGAGACGAUGGGUGACGACGGGGAAGAUGAGGAGCAAGAAAAUGCAGAAGAGGAAGACGAUGAGGAAGAUAAAAGCUCAUUCGGAUCUCAGAACUCAGUGGCGCUUUCUCUAAAGCCCCGGCGCCGACCGCCUGUCCAGUGUCGCCUGCCGUUUUUAGAGAGACUCGCCGUCAAAUCCCGUUCCGAGGACAACCUGCUGUCCACAGUUCACCAUGAUAACAGUAACCACGGUGUCACCAGGGCAGCCACAGAGUGCACAGGAAGUCGGCACACGUGGGAACAGAGGGUUAAAUAUUUAGAAGCGCAGCUCAGCAGGAGCCUGACGGAGCUCAACCCUGCUGAAUCAGACGAGUGUCUCCCGACUGAUCCAGAGACGGAUGAAAGUCACAGUCUCACUCGCAGCUUGCCAUCAGGCAUGCUUUUGGACACAUUGAGACGAGCCAAAAUUGCACAUGAGGCUGGUAGCAACCAGAUUCCCUGCAGUGCGUCAGACGGGGAGCUCUCGCCGCCCAGUGGCCUGGAGGGAAUGGGCCGAUGUAAGAGACCCCAGCAGCACAAAAAACUCACACUGGCCCAACUCUACAGGAUACGCACCACACUGGUGCUCAACUCAACGCUCACAGCCUCAGAAGUGUAGCAUCUUUCUGGCACAGAUGUUUUGGGACAACGUUGUGAGACUGAAUUCUGCGGGACACAAAUGCACUCAACCCAAUGAGCUCUCCAGCUGCCCUCUCGCUCCCUCUUCCUGUCGGAUGGAUUCCUCCGCGUGUAGCUUUCCUGUCGUUUCUCUGCGGGAGGGGACGUCCACAGACUCAUUAAAUCCUUGCACUUUGUAAAACUUCUAAAGAGGUCAAAGCUUUUGGUGAAACUGCGCCAUUAUCAGAACGAGAACUCAAGACAAAAUUAUCAAAGAAAAAGUGCAACCGGAGCCCUUACCGUGGGACGUUUGAGGUUUCAACGGGUCACAUGAUGCCGAAAGGAAGUAGAAAUGAGAAUAUGAGAAUAAAACACAGCAUCUUGGAUUCCUUAAUCACCCUGUUUGCUUUCUAAGAGUAUUUCUGCUUCGAGGAAGGAAGUGAUUCAUGUUAACUGCACUACUAUUAUGUGACUGUGUGUGUGUGUGUUUAUGAAUGAGAACGUGUGCGAAUUCACAUGCAUUUGUGUAUGACUGAGUGAGUUAUAAUUCUCGACCUAAACCACUGUUUGACUUCAGAUAACUUGAGUAGCCACUACGGCACGUUACGCAUUAAUUUAGGACCAGUGUUAUGUUCAUAUGGCAGGAAUACUUCUGUCAUGCAACUGCUUAUACUAUUGAAUCUUUGGGUUGACGCAGCUUAUUUAAGUUAUACAUGAGCACAUCAAACCCUUUACUGUAUAUUGUGUUUUGUGGGUCAAGUUGGAUUCAUAAACGCAUGAAUAAUAUCCAAAAUGCUUCAGCAGAUGUGUAGUUAAAGGCAAACCGACUGAAAAAAAAUCUGUGUUUUGGUUUAUAACAUUUAAGGAUUCAGGAAGCGUCGCCUGACACUAGAUGAGCACUUAUUAGAGAUCAUCUGACACUGAAUAGGGUGUUGGGUUUAAGUGAAAGCUCAUGUUAGUUUUCAAACAUUAACAUAUGUAUUGAUGAUUUAUUGUUUGUUUUUUGUAAUCUUUUGAUUUCACAGAUACUGCUGUUACCCGAAAGGUUAAACUGAAACUGCCUGGUGCUUUAACUAAACCGAGCCCUUCUGAACUCCCUUUUUGAAAAAAAGAAACAAACAAAAAAACACCCUGCCCAAAGUAAAUAUGGUGUAUUAUAUGUUUACUUAUUAGGCUUUUUGUGUUUGUCAUAUUUAUUGAGCUUGUAUUGUUUUAUAUAUAAAAUAUGGUCUAUAAUAGUAUCAUUUCACUUUACGGUUGUAUUUUUUGUUUCGUUGUCUUAAUUUGUUCAUUGUCAUUUGUUUAAUUAAUUUUGAAAUCUGCUAAGAACCAAAAUAACCUUGUUUUCCCAUGUGAGGGAGUGUUCCAUAAAUGUCUUUCAAAAUAAAAG